UGUCACAAAACAAUGGUCUUAGUGAAGAACAGUACACAUUUUUUUCUUUCAAUUCGUUAUUUGAUUUUUUACAAUAUUAAACAUAAUUUUUGGGUUGUUAUUGGUUUUUCCAAGAUUGAUAGUGAAAUGCGACGUAACUUUGUCUUCCCAUUGGUUUUUUUAUAUCUUUCAAGAUUUGGCAUUUUGUUGACCUAAAAAAUGAUUCAGUAUCUAUCAUCAGCAACCAACCAUAAAUCCAAGAUCUAUACUCAUCUGAUCUAACACAACACCCACCUUGAACUACUGAGCUCUUAAAAGAUACCAACCCGCAAAGUUUUUUUUUUCAUCUCUUUUGUGGAUUUUAAUCACAUUUUUAGUAACCCUACAAAACGCUAUUCUCUAAUGGGUAAUUCCUUGGGUAGCAAGAAAACAGUGAAAAUCAUGAAGAUCAAUGGCGAGUGUUUCAAGCUGAAAACUCCGGUUAAAGCUGGUACGGUGGUUAAAGAUUUCCCGGGCCACGUUCUCUUGGAGUCCGAAUCCGUUAAACAUUUCGGGAUCAGAGCAAAGCCUUUAGAUCUUCACCAAAACUUGGAACCCAAAAGGCUUUAUUUCAUGGUGGAGCUUCCCAGAACAUGGAAAGAGAGAACCCCAAGAAGAGUUCGGUCGGGAAUCCAGAUGAGUGCGAAGGAGAGGUUAGAGAAUCUGAAGCUGUCUCGUAGAUCAUCGUCAGAUCUCUCGGUAAUGAAGAAGGAGGUUGACGAUGAAGAGAGAGAAGUGAUGAGUAGCGUGAAGUUGAAGAUACCAAAGUGGAAAAUCGAGAAACUGAAGAAAGAGAGUGAGAGUGGCUCUGAUUUCUCGAACAAGAUCACAGAACUUUGUCUCCUCAACAUUCCAAGUGGUUUGGUUCAUCAGAGACAACAUUUGCUUCGUAACGGAGGAAGAAGCUUUGGGAUUAGAGAAGAAGGAGGUGUCAAAUCACAUGAGGUGAUCAAUUCUUUUUAGGUUUUUUUUUUUUUUUUUGCUGAAGAACAAAGAGAAACCAAAAAAAAAACACCGAUCCGUUUCUCAAGCCACGUUUCUUACCUUUUUAAUUACGCAAUGCCACUAGGAAACGGAUGUGCUCCAACUUGUGUAACAAACUUUUUCUAGUGUCUAUAAAUAUUAUAUAUCUUUUAUUGAACGGAAAAAAACAAACAUUGACAAUAUAAAAUCGACUAACUUAAUCUUCAUGGUUUCAAUGUUUAAAGAGAACUUCCUCAAUCUUUUGGUUGCAGGAAAU